CGUUUCAAAACCGCUCAGUUGUCAUCAGACAACGCGACGAGAAAGACGCGGUCGCUCAGUCCUGCGUGUUCUCGUUUACCUCACGCGACAAACAGUGCAAAUCGAAACAAUCGAACCAAGUGUUGAGUUGCAAGUGUUUUGUGUUAGUGAUGAUAUAUACAUGGAACAGUCGACGCUCAUGUCUCCGGGACAAGCUCUGAUGGGGAUGGACGCGAAGGAUCGACUCGUGGAGGAGAUAUUACUCCUAGCGCUGUUCCUUGUGUCGACGGCGGCAAACUCGCUCGCCCUACUCGUUUUCUGCAGGCGACCCGGCCUCAGAACUAUAUCGAAUCGGUUCGUCAUCAAUCUUCUGGCGACGAAUCUAUUGACUACUUCAUUGUUGGCGCCCGCGCUCUUCGGCGAGCAUACGACGAAGAAAAACGCCAGUCUGUGGGUGGAGGCGGGCGACUCGGCGGCUUCAGCCUGCAGCCUGUCAGCCCUGUUAUCCGUAAUGCUGAUUUCACUCGACCAGCACCACGCCGUCACGGAUCCUCUUCGCUGCCACACCCGUCUCUUACAGCGUCGUCCAAGCUCGCUCUGCGCCGCCACGUGGGUCGCCGCGGCAUCCGCAGCCGCAAUUCGAGCUACCAUCGCCGUGUUCCACUACUACUAUCCGACCGAAUCAGCGCUGCAAGGUAUCCAGCUCGCGUACUACGUCGUGUACUUGAUAUUGGGAGUGAUCGCACCGAUAACUAUAGUUUGCGUCAUGUACGCGAGAAUCUACCGUGCGGCGCGCUCGUCUGGAUUACGAGCUCGCGCGAACGGUGCCAGUGCUCUGCAGUUACACGAGCCCCCGCCCCCCCUUCCGAACCUCAUCGAAGAGGGGGAAGGAGAGGGACUCACACUUAGAAUAGACGGAUCAGAAGACGUAGCAUCCGGAGAGCACGAUCGCAACAAAUUUGGACCGUUUCUGUUACCACCGUCAGAGAGGCCAGUCCGUUGCCCAUCUGUUGCCAGUCUACGGAAUUCCCGCACUAAAGAUGGAAAGUCGAACGAAGAUCUGAGGAAGGGAUUACCGUCUGUUAGUUCGGCACCAUCACUCGCCGCCCCUCUCUUGGCGGUGCAGCAACGGACCCCUCAGACCUCACACAAUGGAUCUAGAAUAACAUCGAUACGAUGCCGCAUUUCAAACGCCUCCCUGUUCCGUUAUAGAGAAGAAUCUCGUGCGGCUCGCGUCGGUUUGCUGACGGGGGCGUUAGCCAUGCUGCACGUCCCGCAUGCCGCAGCCGCCGUGGCCUCCGCCGCUGUCCCCGGGCUGGCUGAUUGUGCGCGCACCGCAUCGCUCGCGUUACUCCUGCUUGCCUCUGCGGCUUCACCGUUCCUGUUUGCACUACGUUCGCGCCGGGUGCAGCGUGAGGCUCGGCGUCUGUUCGUGCCUGAGAAGAGCGCUUGGGAGAGAGCAUCGGCGUCCGCGUCGUCUGCGGCGGCGGACGGGCAACGCGCUAAGGCCGCUUUGGAGUUGCUGCGGACAUUGUCGCCGAGCAGCGGAGAGCCAGCGCCGGACAGCUCGGCGGAGUCGGGUCCUUGCCGCGGCUCGUUCAGCUCUGGGGGCAGCACGCAGCUCUCGUCAGCUUCGGACGAGUGACCGCCGCCCCGCCCGCGGGUGCGCUUCGCCCCGCGACCCACCGCUCUACUCAUCUGUGAUACUAGGAUAAGCAGCACCGCGCUCGGCGCGACCGUCAGACUGAUUUAGUUAUUAAGUUAAUUUAUUGUGUCCGUACGUACCUUACCGCUAAGCGGAUUAAUGUUUAGAAACUUACCUGAAUGAAUAGUAAAAAAAAGAAUAAUAUGUAAAUGAAAAUAAAUUCGUAUCGAAGUUA